UCGCUUGGAGUAAUAUUCGGGACCAAAAUUCUUCAUAUUCCUGACGAACCCGAAAGCGAGAAGUGACGAUCCGAAAUUUGGUGAUACUCCUGUAGUCAGGCCCCCAGUGGAUGCACCUGAGCUACUUGACGGGGUGCACCUUGCCGAUCUUGCAGACAAUGUCCCAGCUGCCACAGAUGGAAAGAACGAAGAGAACAACGCAGAUUCAGCAGCCAGCAGUGACGCGCCUGGGAGUCUGUUGCAAACCAAACCUCCUAAUAUGCCACCUUCCCUGGAGGAAGAAAUCCCACUAGAGUUCUUCCCCGAUAUACUAAUUGUGAAAGAUGCCGCUGGAGGCAUCAUUCGUUACCACUCGUCACAUCGUGCGCCUGUCGCUGAUGAGUACUCUUCUAUACUUGAUAAGCCAGUCAAAUUCAGACGAGUUCUGCCCUCCCCGACAGCCGAUCCCAAGAAACGAUCCUCUUCCUUGGCGCAAACAUUGCGCACGGCGGAGCUACGCCUCUCUUUAAGCUAUAAUCUGGGAAAGGGGAACCAUUCUGACGUCUAUCUCGUUCCGCUCAGAUUACCCCAUCCACUUUCUGCUCGCACUCCCACUGGAGAAGUUUCUGUUGCUUGCAAACUGGCGCAUGACAGGUCUUCUGAAGCACGGAAGCUUCUUGAGAAUGAAGCGAGGGUAUACGCUUCGCUCCCUAGCCACAUGUUCGAAGAGUGGAAUGGAUAUAAUCUCCUUACGCCUGAACUCAGGAAUCCUGUGCCUGUUGGUCCCGUGGCUCCGAAAUUCUACGGUUACUACAAGGCCAUUUACGACCCAGAGUACUAUGCCGAGGAAGAGAAGGAUCUUGAUGAAGAAUCCAGGAAAAGCAUGAAAGCGUUCAUCAAAGGGCUGAGCCCCAUUCUCUUGAUGGAGAACUGUGGAGAGCAGAUCCAUCCAAAGGAGAUGCCUGAGGAUGAUCGGGACCAAUGCUUGUCCCUUCCACACAGACUGCAUCUUGAGGAUUAUUUACACAACUCUGCUCAUAUUCGUAACAUUGUAGUCCAACCUGGACCACUCACUCUCCCGCCAGAGCAUCGCAGUUUGAAAGACCCUUCGUUCCGCCUGGUUGAUUUUGGUCGCACGAUCGAUUUCUCUCGCUAUCUCGAGCAGCAUGGCAUUGUGAAACCUGGGGAGGGGGAUAUCUGUAAUUGGCAUGAUGUGCAAUACGGAGAGAUCCGGAACCUGCGACGUGAAAUACUAUCCCAGAACCGUCUUUCAGUCAACUUCCGAGUCUACCCACCGAGCCUACCCAAAAUAUGAGCAUCGAAGUCACGGGCACUAGAUUAAUGGAUACAGACAGGCAAUCCGAUCGAAACCAGCAGUGAGUGUGGUCGCUAAAUUGGUGUUGAAGGAGUAGCACCCCUCCGCUGUCCGACGUCAUCAUCACUGUUCCUUUGUCAUGCCCCCCUAGUUACUUCCUUCAGCUCGUCGGUCAGCGCCUUCGAGGCGUUGUGUGUGUGUCUUUGUCCUUACAAAUAAUGGACAUUAUAUUAGUGCACGUGCGGCAGGCAAGACGCCGCCUCCUUUA